ACUGCACUCACACCGCACCGGGAGUACCGCGGCACAGUGCGGGUCACUCGCGGCCGCGCGCACUGUCCCCCCUCCCUCCGCGCUCCGUGCUCUAGCAUGGCCGCGCGAGCUCUGCUCAUCUCCCUCCUCCUCGCGCUCUGCUCGGCUCUCGGGGAGGGGGUCUCGGCAUUGCGCGGCCGCGGCAACGGCGACGCGGUCAAGUUCGACUUCACGCCCUUCCUCAUCCAGUACGAGAGCGGGCGGGUGCAGCGGCUGAUGGGCACCAGCGUGGUGCCGCCGUCCGUGGACGCGCGCACCGGCGUCGCCUCCACCGACGUCGUCGUCGAUCAGGGCACGGGCCUCGCCGUCAGGCUCUACCGCCCGAGCAGCCGCCGCGGCAGGCUACCCGUGCUCCUCUACUUCCACGGCGGCGCGUUCGUCGUCGAGUCGGCCUUCGGCCCCGUGUACCACAACUACCUCAACGCGCUGGCGGCCAGGGCGGGCGUCAUCGCGGUGUCGGUGAACUACCGCCUGGCGCCGGAGCACACGCUCCCGGCCGCCUACGACGACUCGUGGACGGCGCUCCAGUGGGUGCUCUCCAACGCCCGCAACGGCUCCGGCUACGGCCCGUCCUGGCUCCACAAGCACGGCGACAUGUCCCGGCUGUUCGUGGGCGGGGACAGCGCCGGCGGCAACAUCGCGCACAACCUGGCAAUGCGCGCGGGGCAGCAGGACGACGGCAGAGGGCGGAUCAAGGGCGUGGCGCUGCUGGACCCGUACUUCCUGGGCGGGCACGCGAGCCCGUGGGCGGAGCGGGCGUGGGGGUUCAUCUGCGCGGGGCGGUACGGGACGGAGCACCCGUACGUGGACCCGAUGGCGCUGCCGGCGGACGCGUGGCGGCGGCUCGGCGCCGCGCGCGUGCUGGUGACCAGGUCGGGGCAGGACCGGCUGGGGCCGUGGCAGGGCGCGUACGUGGACGCGCUCCGGGGCAGCGGCUGGGGCGGGCAGGCGCGGCUGUACGAGACGCCCGGCGAGGCGCACUGCUACUUCCUCAACAACCUCCAGUCGCCCAAGGCCGCCGCGCAUAUGGCCACCGUCGCGGAGUUCGUCACUCACUCCUAGCUACUCAUUUGUCUGGUCUGGCAGCGCGGUGAUCAGACCAGUGGUAGUGUGAGAUACUAGAGAAUAAGCGUAGAGUGAGAAUGUGUGUUGCUGUUAGUACCUCUGUUUUCGUUUCUUCUUGGAAGCAGAUCGGCUUGUUCGUAACAGCAGGGACAGAUGGCUUUGUCCACCGCGGCCGGAGAGUGCACGUGUGCCGUGAACUCCGGCGGCCCCUUGAACUUUGGAACGGAUAAGUAUGAAUGGACGGAAGAGGGGCUCGGUCGAUCUUCGACGUGAUCGAGGUUUAUAAAGGCGCAGGUUCUAUGGAGCUAGCGUGAGAGCACAACGUCAAACGUGUGGUGACCAUGCAACCAUACGACAUGUCAUCAAUCAAUCGUUAUGAGCCUACGAUAUGUUGCAACGCCGCCAGACCCAUGCCCCGGAAUUGAAGAGGAACACAAUUCAAGAC